UGGUAGAUAGUAAAAUGUGCAAGUGCAAGUGCAAGUCUUUUAAUUCCUCGGCUGGGAAUUGCGUCUGUAUGUUUGUAGGAAAUUCACUCCUGUCCCAACCCGGUGUCAAACUUUCCAUUGCCAGCCUCUGCCUCCUUUAAGAUUUCACAACCGCCAACUGCAUUUAUCUCUAAGUAUUAACAACAACCCCACAAACAAUUUUCCGCUAAUAGAUACCCAUCUUCACAAUAUUUGGCCGCUUAUCAGUGCUAUUUCACUGAACCUUUGUUACAACCCUCGGCCAGUGAUUUCCUUUUUCCACCUUCAACGCAUCUUCCUUUCUUCCUUGCUCAACACACUUCAAAUCUAAUUCAGAACACAAAGAUCAACACUUUCUCUGCAGAGUCAUGGCUGCCCCAAUGGUGGACGACUUCAUGAUAAACAAAAAGCCUUUGGUAAAACGACAUGUUCUGAAGUCAGAGAUCCGCCGAGUUGACUUUCACCCACUGGAGGAAGAACCCGAAGUAGAAUCUUCAGACCAUUCCACCAUGGCAGACUUUCCGCAACGAGACGAAACGGGUUUCAUGAACGAUUUCGACUAUGACGUGGAAGAUCGCACUGUGAAGCAGAUCAUCGCUCUGGGCUGUGAUGUUUCUGUGAGCAAGAAAGUUGUUGCUGAUACCCUGGAUCGAAUCGAGAGUCUCGGAUAUCACCCAGAUCAGCCUGGCCGAACUGCCAGAGUUGAAGUCUUCUAUUUCGUUUCACAUGUCAUGCAAUCACACUCGAGGCAGAUGUUGAUCCAGCAGGCCUCUAAUCCAUUCAAGAACCCCAGAUAUAUGGCCACCGUCGUAACUCGCCUUCUGGAAAUCUAUCUUGCUGGGAACCCCGAUAUCCGCUUCCUCAUCAUCACUUACCCCAUGCAUCAUCUGUCUCUCAUGCUGUCUCUGCGCGAUCACAUUGGAUCAGACGUCUUCAAGGUCGUCACCAUAGUCCCCGCAGCUCCAUUCGCCCAACGGUCAUCCAGUCUUGGUGAAGGAGGGGAGGAUUUCACUCAUGGACGGCAAUCCCCUACUAUAUACGACUUUGACAGGACUACUUCCGAACCAGUCAAUCUGUUCUUCACUCCCGACGAACCAAGCGAGAGUAUUGGAAAGCCCGACUUUGUGCUUUAUACAACAUCACCCUUUGACACAGUCGAGCGCGUCCCGAUUCGCAUGGACUUACUCAUUCAAGAGAUCGAAGAGUUCGUCAACCCUCCGGAAGACCCUUUCCCUAUCACGGGACCCCGUCCAGCAGUUGCGUGGACCUCGGAGCCCACAGGUCUGCCACACCCUCUCGCCAAUAUCACGAGAGCAGGCAUCGAUACGCCGCUAGAGCCCAUUGACCUCGACGCCGCUGUGAGAUACCAGACUUCCAAGUUGAUGGCGAAGUACCAGUAUCAGCGCCUUAAACGUUAUCCAGGCGCCCCUCCACGUGAAUCGGAGGUGGUUAAUGCGCAGUGGGAACACACAUACAAGAAGGUUUACAAGGCUUUCCGAAAGAUCAAGCUUGGUAAAGAUAAACCUGACCUUGCUGGCGCAUCCAUAAACCCAAGUGAUGAUGAAAAGGCAGAUGAUGAAGGUGACCCAGAGAACUCUGAGGAUGAGUCGGACGAUGAGAGCAUCACAUCUAUUCCCAUAACUCCAAUCAAGGACAACACGAGCAUCAAAUCUAUCCCCAUAACGCCUACCAAAGACGACACGAGCGUAACGGAAGUCAACGAAGACCCCUUCCAAGACGGUCCAGAGGAGGACGAUGCGAGUACUGGAACUGUCGAACGUCACCCCAUCCACUCUGAAGAGGAGCUAUUCUCGGCCGAAGGAAGUUCUCCCCAAGGUUCCUUGAAGAAGAAGGUCUCUUUCUCGCCCCUCUCCAUGUCAUACUCAUUUGAGAAGAAGUCAAGUGAUAGAUCAUCGGGGUUCUGGGCUCAGUACGCUGAGGACCACCUUUGAUGGGGGAUGCACGUUGCAACAUCAAUAGGAUGGUUCAUUUUUUAUGAUUGUACAAUUUACUGAAUUACAGACACGAAACGAAGGGAUUGCUUGCAUGCACAUUUUUUUCCGGGGGAUACCAAAAACAUAAUCUUUUGAAAUCAAGAUCAGAUGAGAAGAUGGAUAAUUUGCGUUUCUUCUGAUCGAUUUACUGGGUUUUUUUUGCAGACAGGCGGAAAGACCUUCAGAAAAGGCGGACAGAUGCUUCUUUACGGUGACUCAACGGGUCGCGAGACGAUAUGGGAAUGAGGAUGAGAAUGGAUAGUUGAUGAUCACACGAGGGUUUUCACACCACCAAAUAUACCGAACCAAGUCUGUUGUAUGAGUAACUACAAUAAAUAAAAAG